UGUCAGCUCCGCGCUCCGCUGCUGCGUGGCCUCCCAUUUUUAUUCUUGUGCAGGGCCGUGAUCCCGCUCGACCAUUGGCCGCCAGCUACAACCGAUCAAGCGCGGGCUACCACGCACGACCCUAGCACUAUCACUAGCGAGUUUUCUUGGAUCGGGCGACGCCGUUGCCUAUCCCGGUCUUUUGCAUCCUCACGCUAGCUACCUAUUUGGAGCAACAAGCAUAGUUGCGACUUGCGAGCAGACCACAGGCAGAGACCAUGAAGGGCGGCGGCGCCGGCGACAAGGCCGGGAGGGGCGGCGUCGGCGUCGGCGGCGGCAGGAUACCGCAGCCGCUGCGCCUCGACUCGCAGCGGUUCAGGCUGCUGUCCAUCGUCGUCGGCUGCUCCGUCAUCUGCCUCGUCUUCCUCCUCUCCUCCCGCCCCGACGCCACCGCCUUCGACACCAUGAGCCCCAAGGCGUCGCUGGUGGCCGCGCGCCGCCCGGUGGCCGUCAAGACCCUGCGGACCUCCUCCGCCGCCGCCGCCGCCAGAGGCUUCGGUGGCGAUUUCCAUGUCGACGUCCGGCCGCAGCAUCAUGACGAGCAGACCGCCGGCGACAAGACGAUCACAGAAUGGGUCAGAGACACGGUGAUCGUGGAGGAGAGCAGCGAGGCAGAGCCGGAGGAGACGGAGCCCGGCCGUGACGCCAGUGCCACUGCCGCGGCGUCGUCCAACUCCGACGACCACCCUGCCGCACCAGGUACCGAGAAGGCGGUCCACGACGCCGCCGCGAUCACCGUGCAGCCGGCCGCGGGAACGACGACGUCGACUGCGCCGGACAACAGGCCAGAGGAGAAGACGGGAGUUGCAACUGGUACUGGUGGUGGUGGUCAGAGCAAGGUCCAGCAGCAGCCAGCUCGGCAACGGCAAGACGAGGAGCCAGCACGACAAUCUGGCGGGGACCACCACCACCAGCAGCCGCUGUGCGACUUCUCCGACUUCCGCAGCGACAUCUGCGACAUCGCCGGCGAUGUCCGGUUGGACGCUAACGUGUCGUCGUUCGUCGUCGUCGUCGACCCGGCGUCGGCGAGCGGCCAGCAGGAGGAGGAGGAGCACAAGGUCCGGCCGUACCCUCGGAAGGGCGACGAGACGUGCAUGGGGCGGAUCACGGAGAUCACGGUGCGCGCGACGCGCGGCGCAGCGGGCGCGCCGCGGUGCACGCGGACGCACGCGGCGCCCGCGGUGGUGUUCUCCAUCGGCGGCUACACGGGCAACAUCUUCCACGACUUCUCCGACGUGCUGGUGCCGCUCUACAACACGGUGCGGCGGUACGGCGGCGACGUGCAGCUGGUGAUGGCCAACUCCGCGUCGUGGUGGCUGGUCAAGUACGACCGGCUCCUCCGCGAGCUGUCGCGCCACGCGCCGCUGGACCUCGCCGGCGCCGGCGCGGCGCGGGAGGUGCACUGCUUCCGCCACGCCGUCGUGAGCCUGCGCGCGCACAAGGAGCUCAUCAUCGAGCGGGACCGCAGCCUGGACGGGCUCGCCACGCCGGACUUCACGCGGUUCCUCCGCCGCGCGCUCGGGCUGCCCCGGGACGCGCCCACGCGCCUCGUCGUCGGCGGCGGCGACGGGACGGGGAGGAAGAAGCCCCGGCUGCUGAUCAUCUCGCGCCACCGCACCCGGCUGCUCCUGAACCUCGACGCCGUGGUGCGGGCGGCGGAGGAGGUCGGGUUCGAGGCGAUCGUGAACGAGUCGGACGUGGCCAACGACAUCGCGCAGGUCGGCGGGCUCAUCAACUCGUGCGACGCCAUGGUGGGCGUGCACGGAGCGGGGCUCACCAACAUGAUGUUCCUGCCGCCGGGGGCGGCGCUGGUGCAGAUCGUGCCGUGGGGCGGGCUGCAGUGGAUGGCGAGGGCGGACUACGGCGACCCGGCGGAGGCGAUGGGGCUCAAGUACAUCCAGUACGAGAUCGGCGUCGACGAGAGCACGCUCAAGGACAAGUUCCCCAGCGGGCACAAGAUCUUCACCAACCCGACGGAGCUGCACAAGAAGGGGUUCAUGUUCAUCAGGCAGACGCUCAUGGACGGCCAGGACAUCACCGUUGACGUCGCCCGCUUCAGGGAGGUGCUGCUCCAGGUGCUCAACAACCUCGCGCAGUAGACGCCGGCGUGCUCACUGCUCAGCACAGUCACACUGCUGCUCUGCUACCCCGGCCCUACAUAGUAGUACUCCUGUAGUAUAUAUACACAUUAUUACUGCAAUGUAUACGUACAUUAAUUUAGUUGGAAAUUUGUAUCAUUGUUACGGAUGUACACUUUUACAGUGAGACCAUGGGGGCAUAAAACUGUACAAUGGAAGAGGGAAAUCUUUGUUUGGGUGGAUUGUGGAAGCCAUUUUAGACUAUCUCCAACAAUCGUCACCCAAAAUACAAGACCUAGUCUUCUCCAACAACAAGACCUAAAAGACAACACUCUCUGCAAAUGGGUCUCGAGGAGAGAGGAUACCCAAAUUUGGGUUAUGCCUCUCCUGAUACCCAAAAUAGGUCUUCUGUAUGGGUAUUCUGUUGGAGGCUAUAGGUAUUGUGUUGGAAACCUAUUUUGGGUUUGGGUUCCAUAUGGAUUUGUUGUUGGAGAUAGCCUUAGCAUAUGCACUGGAUAAUGGAUUUGUCCCUAUUUUUA